UACAGAAUUACAAUAUAGGCCUAGAAUGAAUAAUGAACAACAAAAUAGAUUUGGGGUGUGCUAUACUGAACGUAUUGCAGUAUAUUCCGCCUGUCAUCGCUAGAUAUUAGACCUUUAUGCAAAACUAAAAAGCAAAAUGACAAUUAGUCUUCUAAUUGAGAGCAUCCUUGCUAGCAAGGAUCCCUAAUACCCAAAACCUAAUAACAAUCAAAAAUAAACGCAUAAUCGCAUACAGCUUGAACUGUGAUAGAAACGUGCGUCUGGCAGACCGCAGCAAAACAAACAAAUAAACAACAACAAACUAUCCAGUUGGCACGACCUUAAGAGAGCGCUCGCGCAUCCGACCACGUGAUGCGAUUCCUGGAAAGUUCCUGGAAAUUAGUCUUUUGUAUAGCAGUCUUUUAAAAUGAGGAUUAAGUAGUUAACGACGAACGCGCGCGCGCACACACACACAGAGAGCGAGAGAGAGAGAAAAAAAAAUAUCACUAUAUUGAACAUCACUAAACUGCUAGACAGAGUAAUUAUAUGUGUCCUGCUCGCCUGGCGCGCGCUGUAACGCGUUUGGACGCGCGGUGCGUGCGGCGCGCUCGCAGACAGCGCGAGACACACGGUGUCGCCUUUUGCGGAGCGUCGCUCCCAGAAAGAAUCAAUGCAAACACACGGAAAAACGCGUCCCGGUCUGCUGAGCGUCUGACAGCGAGCCGAUCGGCGUCUCCCAUUAAUAAUAAAUAAUGGCUCUAAAGCACGGUGCCACUGAACGUCGGUAACGCGAAACGCGCCGGAUCUGAUUGCUUAUAGCUUUCACUUGGACAAAAGAUCGCCGCCGGACGAAAUCCACGGACGCCGUGGGAGACUUCUCGCAUGUUUUGCUCGAUUGCACGCGUCAGCCGUCUCCGAAGGAUAAUUAUAGACGUUGACUGGAUGCAGAAGCCCGUUCUCCAAUGACCUGCCACUCGUCCGACUCCACGGAAAGCAUCGAGAAUGAAAGGAGAUCGCAAACCGAAACCCAAGUCGCGGAGUCCGAGCAGAGUCGCAUUGCCACUGCCAUGAGAGACCUUAAAAACACCGCAGGCUGGUAUUGGGGCAGCCUGACGGCCAAUGAAGCCAAGGAGAUCCUGCAGGACACGUCGGAGGGGACGUUUCUCGUCCGAGACAGCUCUCAGAGGGACUACCUCUUCACCAUCUCCGCCAUGACAUCCGCGGGACCCACCAACCUGCGGAUCGAAUACAAGGACGGCAAGUUCAAGCUGGACUCCGUGGUGCUGGUCAAACCCAAACUCAAGCAGUUCGACAGCGUCGUCCACCUCGUGGAGCACUACGUGCAGCUGUCCCGGACGUCUUGUAAGGGCAGGACUACCCCUCUCGCCCCGUCCAAUGGCACCGUGCAGCUGCUGCUCACGACUCCGGUGUACACGGCCACACCAUCUCUGCAGCAUCUGUGUCGGAUUGCCAUCAACAAAACCACGCGGCGGGUACAAGAACUGCCUUUGCCGAACCGGCUGAAGGAUUACCUGACAGACUACACUUAUAAUGUAUAGAACAACAUGGACAGUGAUGACCAUAAGUGCUGAGGUUCUAUGGAUCGUAGACCCAGUGAUAAAUGGGUGCUGAUGUCCCGUUUAGGAUCAUUUGCCUGCGGGAUCCCUCAAGUGUGCCCAAGGACUACUUUAAAGCGAUAGUUCACCCAAAAAAAAAAGAAUCUGUCAUUAAUUACUCACGCACACGAUGUUCCAAACAUUCUUUUCUUUCUUCUGCGGAACACAAGAGAAGAUUCCAAUUUCGUUCGUGUAACGAAAGCCAAUGGGGUCCGAAAGAACACCGUAGCCCGUUGACUUUUAUCGUGUCAGCGUUUUUCAAAACAUCUUCCAUUUCCAGAUUUGGUGAGUAAGUAACGACAGAGUGUUCAUUUCUGGCUGAACUAUCCCAUUAAUACGCAAGAAUAUCGUAACGGUGUUAAGUGUCCUUCAUUGUGCACUUAACAAGUUUAUGGCCUGUGGAUAUUCUACAGUCAAUUUUUAAUGAGCGACUGAGCAGUAUCUGUGAGGAGCAUUGCCUGCACUGACAUCUGUGGGUUUCUACCUGUAAUACGCACAUCAGAUAUACAGGAUGUGACCAUGCAUCCCUUUUAAAGGAGCAGUUCACCCAAAAAUGAAUAGCUCGACUUUAAAUCCGAUGCUGUUCAUUCUGUAGAACAUAAAAGAAAAUAUCCCGCAGCUGCCUUUGUUCCAUUAAAGUCAAUGGUGUUCCGAAAGCCGACUCUUAAAAAAUUAAAGGUUCUAAAAGGAACCUUUCGGCGAACAGUUCUUAAAAGAUUUUUUCAUUUGAAAUUCUAUAACGAUCUGAAAAGGUUCCAUGGAUGUUAAAGGUUCUUUGUGAAAGAACCCUUGGUUUUAACAUGAAAUAAAUCCAUACGACUCCUCUGGGAUAUUCUAAAUAAGGCUUAUUUACUCUCCAAUCACUGAUCAAAGCAGACCACAUUAUCUGUGGCACAAACAUCCACUGAUGUUGAACCUCAUCGGGAUGUUAAGUGAUGUUUGAAGUGUUUUCUUUUAUGUUCCACAGAAGAAAGCAAACCAUAUGAGUUUGGAACAACAUGAGGGUAACAUGAGUACAUUUUUGGGUGAGCUAUGCUUUUAUUGCAGCAGGUGUCUGAGAUGUUCUGCAUCCUGUGUUUGAGACACGGGAGUUUGAAACUGUAUGCUUUUUGACUAUGUUUUAUUUGCUCAUUAUCCAUGUUAUAUUUUUGUACUGUAGUCGUAGAUCACAUUUUAUGUCACGGUUGCCCAAGGAACUGCUGGGAACUGGCAAGUACCUUGGGAUAUGAUAUACUGUAUAUCCCAAUACAAGUCAUCAUGAAAACGUAAUACCUGCUGAACAAUUACAUGGAAACUAGCCCUUUCAAACCAGUUUGAAACAAAACAAACCAUUUAAACAUAUACACUACCAUUUGAAAGUUUUUUUAAUACUUUAAAUCAGCAAGGACACAUUGAAUGGACCUAAGUCUGUAAAGAUAUUAAUAAUGUUACAAAAGAUUUGCGUUACCUGUAAAUUCUAUACUUUUGAACUUUGAAGCGCAGUUUCAUCAAACAUAUUAAGAAGCACAUUGAUUUCUGAAGGAUUGCGUGACACUAAAGACUGGAGAAAUGGCUGCUAAAAAACAUCACAAGAAACAGAAAACGGUUUGAAAUUUCAGCAAAAAGUUUGCUCUAAAAACGAAUUGCUGAGCAUAAGAGACUUAUUGAAAAAACAUACUAAAUUUUGAAUGGCAGUGUAUAUAAAACAUUUUAAUCUAAAGGCCCUAACUUGCUUAAACGGGUCCUCUGCGUUCCCCAACAUUCCCCAACAAAUUUAGGGCGCGUACUUUGCAAAUAAAAUAUACCACCGGCUUAGUAUUUUAUUGCACAUUCUUAACCAAGAGGUAAUUUAGCAGCAUGGUUUGUUUCAGCUUUUGUUGCAUAUGGUCAAGACGUAUUGGCCUGUGUUAACCCUACCUCAGGAGGGCGUCGCGAUAAACCUGCAUGCUGAUUGGUUGUAUUUGGAAAAUAUUUGAUUCUAUACUGAUACAGACCAAAAAAAAAAAAAAAAAGACAUACUAGCUUUUUAUUCUCUCUUCACUGCUAUUCAUGGAGAGAUCAUAAGAAAAAUUGGAUUAAGUUCCUGACUAAUCUGACCUCCUUUCUAUUUUGGUUUAAUGAAACAUGCAUAACGUUAUCCCUUCAAGAAUGAGUCGCUCGAUGUAUUCUACUCACCAAUGUGCUUGGGUGCUAAAUUCCUGCAUUUUCUUUCUAUGCUUAGUCUUUCAGUUGAAGCAUUCGAACGGUAUUAUAUUAAAAGCGUUGCGCUGAAAUGAUUACAGAUUGAUUCUGACGUUAUUUUUAAAUGAAGAAGUUCCUUAUUUAAUAUGACUUAAUUUAAUAAGCAAAUCUAACAUGAGUUUUAAAAUAAUUGGGAAGCUGAUCUCCGAUCAGAAUAAAAGGUAAUUCUCUAAGAUCCAGUGUACUAUUGUCAAUAUUAUCCGUCGUCUUCCUUGAGGACAUUGUAUAUCUAGGAUAGUAAGUCUGAUAUGAACUCUCUGCCACUACAAAAUUCCACUAGUAUCAUUUUACAACAUUGUGCUGCAUUCAGGGGUGAAUGGAUUGUCUCCCAAAAAAGUAGGAAAUAAAAGCAAGCAUAGCUUUAA